UCCUCCUCUCUCCCUACCAGGGUGCCCUGGCUGACUGCUCGAGGCUGCUAGGGACCAGGCCUGGACACUGCAGGACGGGGCCUGGGACUUCCUGCCUUUGAAAACACCCCUGAAGCCUGGCACUCCAGACCCCGCUUCCCUCCGGGCCCAGCGAGGAUGCCGCUCUCCUGUGGAGCGUCUCCAGGCGCCUAGUCAGACAGCACUGCGGGUCCCGCGUGUGUCCAUCUCCGCCCGGGGCCCUCUGCGCUCAGCCUGGCGUUCGCUUCACAGCACAGCAUCCCGGGACCGUGGAUGAUACGGGCUGCCGCCUUCUGGAUCCCCAAGGACUGUGCUUACGGCCCAGGAAGUAGCUGCUGCCUCUGGACAACCUCUCAGGCUCCUUUCCCACCCAGGGCAUGAGCACCCAUGAUGCUGUCCCCCCAGCCAAGGUUCUGGCUCCAGUGGCCGUAUACUGUGGGAGUGUCCCUCGGACCAGUACGGGGCCCCGCGCAGUCCCGGGAGGAAGAAGUGACUCCAGGCUGCAGACUUAUGGAGAAGCCUCCCUCCGGCCAACUCCGAGUGUCCUGCUAGAGAAGCCACUGCAGCUGUUGCCUGGACAAGGGGACCCCCGCAGCCUCAAGCUGGAUGCCCCCCUGAAAGGCUGGCAGGCCAGGAAUGGCCACCCCAGGGGCCUUGCAGCCCUGUCUCUGGGGUCCAACCACCUGGCACCCUUCUCCUCUCUGGAAGGUGAGGCCAACAGUGUGGCUCGGGACACCACCCAGAUCAAGGACAAGCUCAAGAAAAGAAGGCUCUCGGAGGGCUUGGCAGCAUCCUCCCGAGCCUCCCUGGAUCCUGUGGGAGGCCCCAAAGGGGUUCCUCUGAGGAGCACCAUCCCCCGGGCCACCUCUCAGAGGCUGCUGAGGGUGCCCAGGCCAAUGCCUCCCAUCCAGAGCAUCCCCACCACCCCUGAGGCUAGCGGAGCCAAGGAAAAGGGCCUGGACCCACCUGGGAGCAGUCAGGGUCCCCAGGAGCUGAGACCUGGUGCCCAGGAGGUGCAGAUCUCCAGACAAUACUUGCAUUGCAAUGAUGAGAAGAUGCACAAGUCUCUGGGGGGCGUUGUGAUCCCGCCCAUCCCGAAGGCCGCUGUGUCCGCUGGGGCCUCCUCCUGUACUCCUGGCUCCCUGCCCAGCCACUUGCCUCCAGGCCAGGGUCUCCUCACGGGCCUGAGGGCCCCCCGCGCACGAUUGGCUCGGGAGAGUGGGCCUCGGGAGAAGACCCCUGAAUCUCUGGAGCCAAGACCUUCAGCCCUGCCUGUCAGAGACAGGUCUACCGCCCCUGUGAAGCACCCCCUGCCUUCAUCUCAGUCCGCUCCUACACUGACAGCCUUCUCCUUCGGCCAGGCCAAAGAAGCCCACCCCUCGCUCCAAGACGAGGACCAGAAGGAGGGCAGUAUCAAGAUCCAGGUGACCAUCUCCAAGUCUGCCCAGGAGAAGAUGCGGCUGAGGCAGAUGAAGGAGAUGGAGGUGCUCCAGAGGGCAGAGGAGCUGGAGAGGAGGAGGGAGCUUGCUUCCCAGAGCCUGGCCUCCCGCAGAGUCCUGAUGAAGGAAGGCCUCCUUCCCCUCCGGGGCAGUGGGACCAUAUCUGUGCCCACGGGGCUGAGCAGCCCACGCAGAAACAUUGGUGGUAUCCUGAGGAAGCGGGCCAACCGGGCCUCGCUGCCCAGCAUCCCUGUCAGCAAGCGGGAGCCCAGCUUUGCCCGCCAUGCUUCAGCCAACUCAUUACCUGCGGUGCUUACCUUGGGGUCUCCUGAGUGGGAAGAAGAGGAAAAGUUGGAUCCUAGAACCUUUAAGGAGUUGAGGCCUUUCUCGAACCCUGAGCUGGGGCUGAUGGAUGCUCUCCAGUGCCUGGAGAGCAGCGACUGGCAGACGAAGGAGAAGGGCCUGCUGAGUGUCCAGCGCCUGGCGCUCUGUCAUUCAGACGUCCUUGCUGGGAGGCUACACGACGUGUCCUUGGCUGUGACUGGAGAGGUCACCAACCUCCGUUCCAAAGUGUCCCGCCUGGCCAUCAGCACCCUAGGGGCCCUCUUCCGGGCCUUGAAGAAGAACAUGGACCAGGAGGCUGAAGAGAUCGCUCGUUGCCUGCUUCAGAAGAUGGGGAACACCAGCGAGUUCAUUCAGAGAGCUGCCAACCGCUCCCUGGGGGCCAUGGUGGAGAACGUGACCCCCGCCCGCUCUCUGGUGGCCCUUACCUCUGCAGGCAUCUACCACCGAAACCCCUUAGUCCGGAAAUGCACUGCUGAGCACCUCUCAACCGUCCUGGAGCAGAUAGGCGCUGAGAAGCUUCUCUCCGGCACCAGGGACAGCACAGAGAUGCUGGUGCACAACCUGGUGAGGCUGGCCCAGGACUCCAACCAGGACACCAGGUUUUAUGGCCGCAAGAUGGUGAAUAUCUUGAUGUCGAAUACGAAGUUUGAUGCCUUUCUGAAGCAGAGCCUCCCGUCUCACGACCUGCGGAAGGUCAUGGUGGCUAUUAAGCAGCGGGGACUAGAAGAUAGUGACGGACUUCCAUCUGCCAAGGGCCGCAAGGUGUCGAGGAGUCUGGUGCUGAGUGAGAACGGGCUGCGCGGCGAGGACGGGCUCAGCUCCAACGGCCCGCGGCUGGCGGGGCUACGCUCCUCCGUGCGCAGUGGCCUCCAGGUGGCGGAGAAGCUUCGGGAGCUGACGAGGCUGCUGGAGGCCAAAGAGUACCAGUCUCGGAUGGAAGGCGUGGGACGGCUUCUCGAGCACUGCAAGACCACGCCAGAGCUCAUCACCGCCAAUCUGGUCCAGGUUUUUGAUGCUUUCACCCCAAGGCUUCAGGAUUCCAACAAGAAAGUGAACCAGUGGGCCCUGGAGUCCUUUGCCAAGAUGAUCCCCCUCCUCAAAGAAAGCUUACACCCCAUGCUGCUCUCCAUCAUCGUUGCUGUUGCAGACAACCUCAACUCCAAGAACUCAGGGAUUUAUGCCGCCGCGGUGACGGUGCUGGACGCCAUGAUUGAGAAUCUGGACAAUCUCUGCCUCCUACAAGUGUUUGCUGGGCGGGUGCGCUUCCUGAGUGGCCGCUCGGUUCUUGAUGUCACAGAUCGUCUGUCCGCGCUAGUGGCCUCCGUGUACCCCCAGAAGCCCCAGGCUGUGGAGCGCCAUGUCCUUCCAGUCCUCUGGUGUUUCCUGAGCAACAUGACCAGGAACAGUGUCCUGCCUGGGCACGGUGGGAACGUCCGCAGGGUGGCGCACCGGCUGUCCCGGAGCCUCCAGGAGCAGAUGGGCUCCCGGCUGCAGGACCUGGCUACUGGCCAGCCACAGCCGGUCCUUGAAACGCUCCAGGGACUCUUAGACGCAGCAUCCCUGUGAGGCAGCCCCAACCAACGUCACCGACAGAGGGAUGGCAUCGGAGAGCACGACAACGGGCAGCUCACGCCCCUUUCAGCUGGGUUAAAGACAGAUCUGAAAGGGGCAGUUGUUAUUUUUUUACCUUAUUUUCUUUUUAUGAUAGAAUCAUCUCCCGGUCUACUUUCUCUUAGAGUUCCAGAUGUACAUAGUAUAUUUUGAAGUAGAA